AUGUUUCCUCUAAACGAGCUGGGUGCGCUUGGUGCGGGAGAACUAGGUGCGCUUGGGGCUGAUGAACUUGGUGCACUUGGUGCGGACGAGCUGGGUGCGCUUGGUGAUCCAGAACCAGAUCCUAUUCCUACUCCUAAGCCGAGUCCAGCGCCAACUCCUAAUCCAGAAUCUUUUCCUACACCUGCUCCAACUCCUAAUCCUAAACCAACUCCUAAACCACUAGAUGGUUUUGCAGAACUGGGAGCACUUGGUGCAGAAGAACUUGGUGCGGGAGAGCUUGGUGCGCUUGGUGCGGAUGAACUUGGUGCGCUUGAGGCAGACGAGCUUGGUGCAGGCGAGCUGGGUGCACUUGUUGCUGAUGAACUUGGUGCGCUUGGUGCAGGAGAACUUGGUGCGCUUGGGGCAGAUGAGCUUGGUGCACUUGGUGCUGAUGAACUUGGUGCGCUUGGUGCAGACGAGCUGGGUGCGCUUGGUGCAGACGAGCUGGGUGCGCUUGGUGAUCCAGAACCAGAUCCUAUGCCUACUCCUAAGCCGAGUCCAGCGCCAACUCCUAAUCCAGAGUCACUUCCUUUACCUGCUCCAACUCCUAAUCCUAGACCUAUUCCUAAACCACUAGAUGGUUUUGCAGAACUGGGAGCACUUGGUGCAGAAGAACUUGGUGCGGGAGAACUUGGUGCGCUUGGGGCAGACGAGCUGGGUGCACUUGGUGCAGACGAGCUUGGUGCGCUUGGUGCGGAUGAACUUGGUGCGCUUGGUGCAGACGAGCUAGGUGCGCUUGGUGCAGACGAGCUAGGUGCGCUUGGUGCAGACGAGCUGGGUGCGCUUGGUGCAAGAGAACUUGGUGCGCUUGGGGCUGAUGAACUUGGUGCACUUGGUGCAGACGAGCUGGGUGCGCUUUGUGAUCCAGAACCAGAUCCUAUGCCUAUUCCUAAGCCGAGUCCAGCGCCAACUCCUAAUCCAGAGUCACUUCCUUUACCUGCUCCAACUCCUAAUCCNAUAUAA